GAUUUCCCCAAAAGCCCUUUCUCCGUAUAAAAUAUCACCAAACUAGACGCAACUCGCUACUGAUUUGCAUUUCACCGGGAAAGGUACUCCUGAGAUAAUUACAAUUAUCUGGUCGAUUUAGACACUACUAAUUACUAAGUAAAAGUUUUAUUUCGUAUACAUGUUACCUGUUCCCCCAUCUCAUGAAAAAGGCACACCAAGCUGGUCAUCACUUAAACGCAAAUCAUGGCUUCAUCCAAAUUCUUUUAACUGUGCACGAGAAAAUGUUUAUGAUAGUCAUUUGCUGAAAACUAAGAACGUAGCUGAACAUGAACCUAUGUUAUUGCCUAAUUGUCUUUCUUAUUCAUGUGUUCCACCAGUUAGGAUACUUAAAAUGGAAACCCAAAAUACUACUGAAUAUCAAUUUCCUCUUAUUUUGUAUAAUAAUGAAAUGUUAAAAGAAAAUUUCAUAUCACCUGUAAACAAAGUUUUAUAUUUGCCUAAAAAUAUUAAAACAAGAAAGAAAUUGACAUCAAUGAAUAAUAUUCAAUUAUUAAAACUCCCGGCAAAUUGUUCAAUAUUACCAUGGGAAUAUAAUAGUAAUAAUAAUAAUAAUAGUAAUAUAAAUAAACUACUAUCUUUAGAUGAAAUUAAAUCCCUGACCAAAUUCAAUUCAAAAACAAUUAAAAAAUUUAGACAACAAAAUGCUGUGAAAUUAAAUUUACUAAAAAGUCAUUUCUUAUCAAAUGAAUGUGAUUUACCAAAUAAGUCCAAUGUAUAUCAAUUAUUAAAAUUACAUCAAAAUAAUUUUACUACUAAAUUUCCAUUAAGUAGUAAUGUUAAACUAUUACAAUUACCACACUUAUAUCAUUCAAUUGGCAGACAAUUUCAUGAUCAUAAAACUGAUAAUAAAAUUUCUAACAAUGGCAAUGUAACUUCAAGAGAGGCAUAUCAUUCAAAUUUUAAAAAACUAUAGACUGUAAAUCAACAUCAAAUGAAUAUACCUUACAAAUAUUAACAUAUCCAAUGAAUAAUGAAGAACAGCCUACAUUAAAUGAUAUUUCAUGGGUAUUGGAAACAACUAAAGAAAAUAUUAAACCUAUUUCUGUGGAAAAUUAUAACGUACCACAAUGCAAAUUUGAUUCUCCUGUUCAAAAUGAUAAAAAAUCUUAUAAUGAUUGUGGAGUUCAAUUUAAUUUUGUUGAUUAUGGUGAACCUAAUACUCAAAGUAAGUUGAAUCUAGAUGCAGUUAAUUAGUUUGUUGUUAUAUUUUUAGAGUAUCAUUCGAUAA